GUGUGUAAGCUGAUAUUCUUGCAAAGUUGAUGCUGCUCAGCCAUCCAAUUCUGCUGGGAUGAUAGCAGAGAAAGUAUAAAAUCAUACAGACAGGAGGAGAACACUGACUGAGAGUCUGACUGAAUCCGCUCCACUUGUCAACACACACUUUUAUGAGAUAAUGGAUACAUCUCAGCUUCUCUUCCUCAUGUUUGCAGUGAUGUCUACAUCUGAAUGUGCAGAGACAGCAGAGUCCCAGUGUGAGAACUAUGAGAACAAGUCAUUUGUCCUUCAGGAAGGUGAAGCAUUUUAUUUUAUGCCUGAUGAUUUUGAGGACAACCCCCCAGCUGGACAGUUCACAUGGUAUAAAACUAACACCAUGAACAACUCAAAGAUUGAGUCCAUCUCAUUUGAUGAGAAAGAGAGGAUACAUUACCACGGAGGAGCGAUCUUUUUCUUAAACCUCCUUUCUGAGGACUCUGGCAUUUACACUGUCCGGCACAUAGAUCCAUCAGGAGACUGCAGCAGCCUUUAUCUAAAGGUUGAUGUCUUCAAUGUAACUAAACGAUGGAACCACGUUUACUGGAAAUCAACUGGCCAAGAUGUGAACAUGAUGGUCCCAUGUCCAGGUCCUGUCAGGGAAAUAUGUGAUACAUUUAGGGGAAAUUUCACCUGGUACAAGGACUUCAGUCUUCUUCAAGGCGAACAUGCAGCUGACCUGUGGGUUGAAAAUGCUAUCAAAGAUCAUGAGGGCAUCUACACCUGUAUUUGUACCUGGACACAUAAUCACACAGUGUACAACACGUCAGGCUCCAGGUGGCUAAAAGUUAAAGAUCAAGUUGCCUAUCGUGAACCACUUAUCCUCACUCCGACCAACAAAGAGCAGCUUGCUGAUGAAGGCUAUGGAAUCAAGUUGAACUGCUCUGUUUUCUGCGGAACUAAUGCGAAACGUGAAUGUAAUGCUAGCUGGCGUAUUAAUGGAGUCCCUUUCAAUGGAUGGAAGCAAGGAUACAGUCAAAGCACCUAUUUGACCACUGAGAAUCCUUCAAAGAACACCAUCUCCACUGCGACCCUGACCAUUGAUAAAGUGUUGGCUAAAGAUUUUCAGGCUGAAUUUAAAUGCAUUGGCAACACCUUUUAUAUGAUGAAGAAUGUCACUUUAACUCUUAAACGAGGAGAAUCAAUAAUUCCACUAGUCAUCAGACCUGUGUGCGUGUUGCUCUUCUGUGUGAUUGUUGCUGUGCUGGUCAAGUGCUUUGCUAUCGACCUCACUCUCUUCUUCAGGACUUUCUUCCCUGUACGUAGUCACAAAAAAGAUGCAAGGUUGUACGAUGCCUAUGUGGUAUACCAGACACAGUGUUUGGACAAAGCCACUGAGGACACGCAGUGUCGGUUUGUCACACAGACUUUGCCAUCCGUCCUUGAGGAAAAGUGUGGAUAUCGACUUUUCAUCCAUGGGAGGGAUGACAUACCUGGGGAAGACCAUCUGGAGCUGGUGGAGGACAGCAUGAGGCAGAGCAGGAGACUGAUUGUCAUCCUCACCCCAGGUUCAGGAUCAGGGUCUGAGAUCACAGCCAUGCCCCAAAACUUUAUGGAACUAGAGGGGUUUGACUGGCAGGUGGGGCUCCACCAUGCACUGGUCCAGAGGGAGAUGAGUGUGAUUCUGAUCCAGCUUGGGGACACAGGGCCCCACGGAUACACCCACCUUCCCAUUGGCUUGCAGCACCUGAUCCGUAAGAGUGCCCCUUUGAGGUGGCCAGAGGGUUCACGGGGUGCUGCAGCGAUGAACUCACGCUUCUGGAAGAGAGUGCGAUACCUGAUGCCUGCUACACCUGCCAAAAAAUGUCCACAGUCUGCUAUUGUUUAAAAUUUGGCCCAGAUGCACCAGUCCCUUUAUACAGAUGUGUGGGAAAAAUCACUGGCGUCAGUUAUACUGUACGUAUAUGUCAAUAUUAUGCGAAUAGGUCCUAUGGCAAUGUGUUUACUGUAGGUUCAAAGUUGUAUUUAUUCCUCCAUGAAAGUAUGUACAUUUUAUUGUCAGCAUCUUUAUGCUGUUUAUUAGUGGAUGACAAAGCUGGGGAGCUGCUUUUGUGGUUUACUUUCCAGCAGGUACAUGUGUUUGGGGGACUCUGGAUUUCAACAAGGCUACAAAGAAGUGAAAACUUUGACUAAGUACUGAGUACUGAGUCUUUUAUUUCUACCUACUAUCCAGUAUUGAAGAAGCCUCUUGGAUGAGGGGUGAAAUAUCUUUAUAUAUUUACAGCCGAAGUACAGUUGCCCUUGAUUCAACUUUUCUCAGAUAACAAUAACCUGGAUCACUGAGAAUCAAAGAUCUCCUCCAUUCCUGUUCAGUUUGGGUUACAGUUCUGUAAAUUCUGCAGGUUUCACGACUGCUGUCCAGGGUGCAGAUUCUAGGAUCAUCAGAAAUAUAGGAGCUGUUCUCACAGGCAGGAUUUCCAUUGUUUAUAGUGAAUGGUAUACAUCCAUUCACUAUAAACAGUGGAAACUUAUUUUGGGAAACUUCAUCAAUUUGCUGCUGUUUCUGGAAACCACUGUCCUCAGCUAUAUGUUAAUGGACCACUGCUGUCUCCAACUUGUACGAAAGUUGCCGUUUGAAUGUAGACUUUAUUUAUAUUCUGUCCCUGUUUGUGUGGUGGUAUUUACUGUUUUGUUUAUUUUGAAAUCUGUUACAGGCUACCCAUUUAUGUAUAAUCUCCCACUGUUUAAUUAAGAAAGAUACAGCAAUAUUAUGUGUUUAUAAGACACACCCACAUUUGUUCCACAUAUAUAAGAAUAAAUAAGCACAAGUCGA